CCCCUCCCCCAAAUGCACACUGCCCAAACACAUGCAGACAAGAAAUAUCAAAUAUAUAUAAGUUGGGGAGACCUCGAGACAUUAAUUUUUCUUCUCCCCCUUUUGAACCCACACUCAAAUCAUCCACCAAAAAGUUGAGCGGAAAACUUUAGAAAGAUCUGUUUGGCUUUGGCCCAUAAUUUGAUUUAUUUCAAAUUUAGUAAUGGAGAGCGCAUCCAGGGGAAUAGUUCAAGAAGUACUCACAAAAGACAACUACGAAAGAUGGAAAAUCUUAAUGAGAAACUAUCUGCGGGGUAAAGAUCUGUGGGCAGUUGUGGAGAGGGGUUUUAAUUCAACAAAUGCUAAUGAUAGUAUGAAGGAUGCAGAAGCUUUGCAUAUCAUUCAACUCUCAUGUGGAUCAAAGAUUUUCGACGAGAUUAAGCAUUUUGAGACGGCAAAAGACACUUGGAAUUCCUUGGCCUCGCUUUACGGUUCUGAGUUAAAAGCCGAACCAGAUAUAGAGCAAGGUGUAGUAGACGAUAAUGUUCGUUGCUAUAGAAAACUGUACAGGUACGUGGAGAAAGGAAAUUGGAAAGGUGCAGAUUUAUUCAUCAGAGGGGAAAAGGGGGCGUUACUUUCGGCGUCGGAUUCAGAUAAGAGAACGGUUCUUCACGUAGCAGCAAUCGCAGGUCACGUGAACGUUGUUGAGGGGUUAGUGAAAGAAGGGGGAGAGAGAUUAUUAAAAAUGCAAGACAGCAUGGGUAAUACUGCUCUUGCUCUUGCUGCUCAUCUCACUGGGAACACCAAUGUAGCAAAGUGCAUGGUAGAGGAUAAUGGCGGCCGGAUCCGCCACAAUCUGCUUAGUAUAACGAAUAAAGAUGGUGAAAUCCCUCUUCUCCUCGCUGCUCAUAGGGGACACAAACUAAUGACUCGUUACCUUUUCUUGAAAACUCCCAAGAAAGUGCUCAACGAACAAGAUUACCACAAUCGAGUACUACUGCUUGAACGAUGUAUCAAAGGGGAAAUAUUUGAUGUGGCUUUGAGAUUACUGGAAUCAUACCUGGAUCUGGAUCAACUGCCCCCUGAAUCCUUAACUGACUGCUUUCGCGCCUUGCAUACAUUGACUAAAAUGCCUUCUGCAUUCUUAAGUGGCUGCCAAUUUGGACUUCGACAGAAAUUCAUUUACUAUAUUUUAAGAGUAGGAAAGAAAUUUCAACACAAUGAGGGACGACGACAUAAGACAAAUUUCCCAGAUAUUUUUCUUUGGAGACAAUUUUAUUUCAGCUACGAUUGGACAUUAAGUAUGGACAUCUCUUUCAAUAAAGAUAUGAACAUUGAUUCUCUUAGCUGUGGAGGACUAACUCAUUCCGGCGAACCCAAAUCCUAUUGGUGUAGGUUCUGCAGACCGGUUUUGAAUGUUUUGCUUCUUCCCGUAAAGCUUUUGAGUGGACUAGUUCUUGAAAUUGUUUAUGUGUUCAUUCAAAUUUUCAAAUUUCUUCACAUGUUCGGAAUUAGGGAAAUAUAUGAACAAAAAUGUACUCAUAUUGUAGUUCGACAAAUAUUGUGGUACAUGAAACGUAGUGUUGAGAAGUUGAAUAAUUCACAGCUCGAAAAAGCUUUAGUGUACGAUGCAAUGUUGCAUGCAGCCAAGCAUGGAAUUGUUGAGUUCAUAGAUGCUAUGACUGAGGCUAACCAUGAUCUCUUAUGGGCCAAGGACAGCCACGAUAGAGGCAUAUUUUCUUAUGCAAUUCUUCAUCGUAAACAAAAGGUGUUCCAGCUGAUAUAUUCUCUCAAUGGAAGAAAGGAUAUAAUUAAAUAUCGCACAGAUGUGUUUGGUAAUAAUUUGUUGCACUUCGCUGGACAUUUAGGACCUUCCUCUGAUCUUAAUCGCAGACCUGGUGCUGCUCUGCAAAUGCAAAGAGAAAUUCAAUGGUUCAAGGCAGUAGAGGAAGUUGUGCAUCCCAAGUGUAAGGAAGCUCGAAAUGAUGACGAUAAGAAGCCUCAUGAGCUAUUUACUGAAAUGCAUGAUGAACUGGUGAAAGAAGGAGAGAAAUGGGCAAAACAAGCAGCUAAGUCUUUUGCACUUGUGGGUAUUCUCAUCACCACUGUCAUGUUUGCUGCGGCCUUCACUGUCCCAGGUGGGAACAAUCAAAAUACAGGAGUGCCUAUUUUCUUAGACAACGAAAUAUUUACCACGUUUCUCGUGGCAGAUGCAAUAUCUCUCUUCACUUCUGCCACUUCAGUCUUGAUAUUCAUUUGGAUCCUCACUUCACGUUUCGCGGAAAAAGACUUCCUAAAAAGGAUACCCUUCAAGUUAUUGGCUGGCCUUGGCUUUCUUUUCCUGUCUGUGGCCUCCAUGAUGGUUGCAUUUUGUGCUGCACUUGGUGUAGUACUUAAUCAUUAUUGGGCUUAUAAGCGUCUCUUUAUAGGAGGUGCCAUAUUGGGGAGCAUUCCAGUUUUUGUUCUUGUACCAUCGCAGCUGAGACUCAUAUAUGAGAUUUUUCGAUCUACACUAUGGAAUCCCAUCCGUCGCAUCAAAUAGGAACAUUAGAUAUGAAAGGAAGAAUGAUGUUUCUAUCAAAGUUUCACAUGCAUGUGAGUUAUUUCUUUGAGAAUUUUAAAUGUAAGUUUAUAACUUCUCAAAAAUGAAUAACAAUAAAGUUGUUUACUGUCACUGUAGGCGUUAAACUCUGAAUAAUGGCAUUGGUUAAUGUUCCAAU